CACUCACACUCACUCACUCACUCACACACACACUCUCACACACUCACACACACACACACACACUCUCACACACACUCUCACACACACACACUCACUCACUCACACUCACUCACUCACACACACACACACACACACACACACACACACACUCACACACACUCUCACACACACACACUCACUCACACACACACACACACACACUCACACACACACACACACACACAUUGUUUCGGAGCCGAAUUACCUGUCCGGUCCCGGUGAUGAGUCUACGUCACUAAGCAUUAGCAGUUAGCUGCAGGCAGCGGGACGCUCUGCGGCUGUUGGCGGGAAGGAUGAGCUCCUCCGUGGCUCUGCACACUCAGCUGGCCACCGUCAUGGAGUCUCUGGUCCACGCUGCGGUGGCGGAGCUGAAGAAGCUGCUGGAGGACAGCCUGGAGGUUCUGACCGGAGAGGAGGCGCCUCCGCCGGCCACAGUGCGGGCCGCCGGCCGGGAGAGGAUGGUGCUGUUUGCCUCCGUCAUGGAGACUCUGGGGAACGAGGCUUUGGGGAAGAUUAUGAACAUCGUGGAUGAAGCCAAACUGCUGGUGGAGCUGGAGUCCGGGAGGGGCGGCAAGAGACCGCAGACCAGCGUCCUCAACAUCCUCAACAACGCACAUGUCGAAGUUGAACACUCGUACGGAGUCCGACUUGAGAGCUGCGACACACACAGAUCCACUCAGACCAAACCAGAGCAACCAGAGGCUUGUGACAAUCCAUUUGUCCUGGCGGUCACCGUUAAAGACGAACACGGCAACGUGGACCUGGGAGCCAUCGCUGAGAGAGCUCGAGUUGAAGCUGCUCAGCCGGUGACCUCUGACCUCCAGCAGCAGCAGCAGAACGGUUCCAGUGAUCCAGAGUUUGUCCUGCAGAGAGUCACGUGGAAAUACUUCAUGUGCACGACCUGCGGUAAAUCCUUCACGUCUCAGAGCAACCUGAAGUCUCAUUACCGCGUACACACGGGCGAGAAGCCGUUCUCCUGCAGCGUCUGUGGCCGGGCGUUCCGUCAGAGGCAGAGUCUGCAGAGUCACAUGAGGACGCACACCGGCGAGCGGCCCUACGAGUGUCCGCAGUGCGGGAAGUGUUUCUCCAAGCAGACGCAGCUCAAGACGCACUCUAUCAUCCACACCGGAGAGAAGCCGUAUGGCUGCGAGGUCUGCGGACGCCGCUUCAACCUGCUGCAGAACCUGCACCGCCACGCCCACAUCCACACCGGCAAGAAGUUCUUCGUCUGCGGCGUCUGUGGGAAAGGCUUCACCCGCGCCGUCACGCUGAAAACACAUGAGCUCAUCCACACGGGACAGAAACCCUUCAAAUGCGAGGAGUGCCCCAAAACCUUCCGCCACGCCAACAACCUCAAGAAUCACCAGAGGAUUCACAGCGGCGUGCGGCCGUUCAGCUGCGACCUCUGCGGGAAGACCUUCCGCCAGGCGGUGAACCUGAAGAUCCACCGGAGGAUUCACACCGGCGAGCGUCCGUUCAGCUGCCAGGAGUGCGGGAAGACGUUCAGCCAGCAGAGCAGCCUGAUCUCACACGGCCGCACGCACUCGAAGGAGCGCCCAUUUGCCUGCAGCGACUGCGACAAGAAGUUCAACAACGGCAACAGUCUGAAACUGCACCUGCGCAUCCACACUGGAGAGAAACCGUACACCUGCGACAUCUGCGGCAAGACCUUCAGCCAGGGCAGUCACCUGAGGACGCACAAGAGGCAUGUCCAUGCCGGCGGCAAACAAUACAUCUGCGAUAAGUGUGGGAAGAGAUACGCAGACCAACGCAACCUGAAGCUGCACAAGUGCGGCUACGCGUGAAGUGACCACAAUAAAUCCUCCAGGAAGUUAAACAGUCUUGUGUUUGAAAGCUGCUGUGGAAUCAGAUAUUCUGGAGGGACGUAUUUAAUUUACAGUUAAAUGGAGUUUGGAGAAUAUAAAACUUGAAUAUUAUUGAUUAAUUUUGUUAAGAUGUUUAAUAUGAAUACUUGAAUUGUUGACAGGGAUUGUGGGUGUCAGACAGGAAGUGGACCUGUUUUAACCAAUCAGAGCUAAUAUGUGUUGAAGUGGGCGGGGCCUCUGUUUAAACACUACAGUACCCAUAAACCUCAGUGUCCGUUGCCGGGGAAACGACACCAUCUAAAGCUGUGACAUCAUAUUUUAAAUUGGUUAAGAUAACUUCUGUCGCCUGGCAACAGAAUCUGGAGCUCUCUGAUUGGCCGAUUCUCUCUGGGAUAUGCCUGCUAUAAGCCCCGCCCACUGAAAUACUGCAUUGUGAUUGGUUGAAUUUAAGUUACGUUAUUUCUGUUGCUUGUCUGUAAAUGUGUACAUACGCACAUUGUUGCUUUUUAUCAUUUAACUGAUGAUUUUUUAAAUUUGUUUGCUACAUAAUAAAAUACAAACAUCUGUAUCA